ACCGAAUGUGUUUCUAUCAGUGUCAUUACUAUUCACGUUCGAAGUGGAUUUCAUCGAGGACUUACACUUACACCAUUCAUUAUCCGGUGAGCAUGUAUCAAUUCAAUAACCCUGCCCAUGCCACGUUAAGGCUGCAUGUAUUGUUGAAAGGUUUAGUCACAUAUUCGCUCGACAGCUGUCGUUAUGAGUGUAGGUAUUGAUUAAUUGGACUUCACUUUGAAAAGGUGGAUUUGGAAGGAGCGGACUCCACUUGCAUACUAAACUUUUCAUGAUGCCGAUGAUUACUUUUCGGCACUUCGUCCUCGUUGGCACGGUGCUGACGAUUAUAAUGACAUUUGUAACGUUCAUAUGGACAUAUCGGGAAAAUGUGAGAAUGGAUUUAGACGAUUCAUCAAGGAACACAGCGGUGAUCGGUCACCAGAUUGGGGUGAUGGUCUGGAGGGCUCUAUCUUCUAGGUCUGGCAUACAGGUCUCUGUGAUGAUGGGUGAAAAGGGUGAUCCCAUGGGGAGUCUGUGGAAUCCCGUGACAGUAGGACAACCCAUGCCCACGCUGCAGGUGCUGAAGACGUUGGACAGACGACAGCUGUCACAGAUAUACCACAACUAUGUGAACAGCGUACAGAUUUCGUGUAAAAAGGUGGUCAGGCGAGGCAAUGAGUUUGACGGCGGUUGGAACGUUUGUGAAGACCAUCCCUACGGAAUGAAGACACCCUGCAAUAUAUACUCAUUUGGGAUCAACUACGACUGGAGCUUCGACGACGAUGUAGCUACAGCAUAUGGCUGCCAUGUCCACUCGUAUGAUCCAAGCAUGACAAAGGUAUCAGACCACGACAGGAGAAGUAACAUUCAUUUCCAUAAGACAGGCCUUAAUUCUACCCACAGCACAAACAACAAGGGUUGGAGAAUGCGAACCUUCUCGUCCAUUUUAAAGGAAAAUAAUCACACACAGGCUAUAAUCGAUCUGCUCAAGAUUGAUAUUGAAGCUUCGGAGUGGUUUGCCUUUCCUGAAAUGUUACAAAGCGGAAGUUUGAAAAAUGUGAAACAGUUUUGUUUUGAACUUCAUAUCAAGCUGAGAUCUCACCCAGAGCCGGACAUAGACAAGUACCUAAGAGGUCUGGAGCUGCUGAGAGACUUCUAUAAUGCUGGAUUUAGGAUAUUCCUUACACACAAAAAUAUGAUUCCUCAAUACAAGUCAAUGUUUGGCAUGAAGCGAACAGGUUGCCAUGAAAUUUACAUGGUACGCAGUGACACACGGACAUUUGGCUAACAUGGCAUUUCUCUGUUUAAACCAAC